AAAUUGGACGGGUUCAGAAUUUAUUUUUGGACAAUUUGAACUCAAAUUUAUGUAAGCUGCUCUUGGGUUGAUUAAAAUGUGGCACAAACAAACCGACCGAUGUCCAACCUAAAAAUUACUCAUAUUUCCCAAUCCUCUCCUCUCCAUCUUUGUUGCUUUUUACAGUAAAGAUCAAAAGGAAAUCACUGAGUUAAUCUGAUCAACCAAUUAUAAAUUAAAAUCCCCUAUUUCAGAUCUUGUUUAGUAUUACUAUUCAUUCAUUCAUUCAUUCAUUCAUACUCAACCGCCACUUUUCAGCCUAACCCAAUUCUUUAGUUUCCGUUUUGAGAUUUUGAACAAGACCCAGUUUAACUUGUCAUCUUGGAUCUGAAUCUGCAACUGGGUUUUUUUUCAUAGUUUCUUUUAUUGAUCACUUUACAAGAGGGUCUGGUCUCUUCGGGAUGUUCUUUGGGAGAUGUCUGCAAAUGGGUUCUCGUUAAUAAGCUCGGAUCUUGGCUUGAUUUCGACAAGACAUGGAUUUUAGGCUGACAGUGAAGGUACCGCCCAGUUUGAGAUAUUGUCGUUUCUCGUGGAGCUUGAGUGUGUUUGAUGGCACUUGAUUUGUGAGUUGAAUAAGAGUACGUUGUGUUGUUUUUACUUUCUGGGUUGUGGUGAAGAUUUUGGGUUUGAAGGGUUUUGGAGGACAACAUGUUCUGGAAGGAACGAGAGAGGGAUAACAAAGAGCUAAACGGUGGUCCGCCAUGUGGGCAAGUUCGAGUACUUGUCGUUGGUGAUUCAGGUGUUGGGAAAACUUCUCUUGUACAUUUGAUUGUCAAAGGUUCUUCAAUUGCUCGCCCUCCUCAAACAGUUGGGUGUAAUGUUGAUGUAAAGCACAUUACGUAUGGAAAUGCUGGUAGCUCUUCAAACAGCAUCAAAGGCGAUAGUGAAAGAGAUUUUUUUGUUGAACUUUGGGAUGUUUCAGGGCAUGAAAGAUAUAAAGAUUGUCGAUCUCUUUUCUACAGCCAAAUUAAUGGUGUUAUUUUUGUUCAUGACCUUUCUCAAAGGAGAACAAAAACUAGUUUGCAGAAGUGGGCAACUGAGAUUUCUACAGCAGGAACAUUUUCAGCACCUUUAGGAUCUGGAGGACCUGGCGGCCUUCCUGUUCCAUACAUUGUUAUUGGUAAUAAAGCCGACAUUGCUGCAAAAGAGGGUACAAGAGGAAGCAGUGGAAAUCUUGUUGAUGCAGCUCGCCAUUGGGUUGAAAAGCAGGGUUUGCUCCCAUCGAGUGAGGAACUUCCACUAACAGAGUCUUUUCCAGGCUCUGGAGGGCUUCUUGCGGCUGCAAAGGAAUCAAGAUAUGACAAGGAAGCUGUGAUGAAAUUUUUCCGAAUGUUGAUCAGGAGAAGAUAUUUUUCAGAUGAAUUACCAGCUUCAAACUCAUGGUCUGUUUCUCCAAAUCAAAGACCUGCGCAGCGGUUGGAUGAAACCUUAAGCGAUGAUGACCAAGCAUACAAGAAAACUAGUUUCAGCGGCGAUCCCUACAAAUACAAUAUGCUCCCUCCUCUUCCAGCUCAACGCAAUUUGACUCCACCGCCAACUCUUUACCCUCAGCAGCCGGUUUCAGUCUCUGAAAACUAUAACCUGCCUAGAUUUGCUCUGAAUGGCUCUUCUGAAAUUGGUAGUGCCGCCAGAUCAAGACGGUCGGAUAUCAAUGUCUGAAGUUUGCUCCUUUUCGGCUUUAUAUUCUAGUCACUGAAGAAUGCAAUUUAUUUUUUUUGGGCCUGAAUAUAUAAAAUAUUGUAAUAUUGUUGAUAGAAGCUGAAGCAAUUUACACUUUUUCUUUGGGCUGUUCAGAUAGAAACUGGUACACUUGAUUCUUUUAUAUCUACAAGUCCCUCCCUCUUCCAUCACAUUGUAAGUUGUAAGUGGUUCUUCAUGUACUCUGUUUGGGUUAGAAUGUAUAAUGAUUGAUUUGUUCAACCCGUUUGAUAACACGGGAAAUUCUUUCAACCAAA